AUGAGUGAUUAAGUUAUCGAAUAUUUAUUAGAACAGAGAUUAGGAUUUGGAAAACAUUAAUUGAGAUAAUUCUUAAUUAUAAGUUUCAUUGAUUUCCUUGAUGGUGCUGAAUUUCUUUUCUUAUCAUUACUAACACCUACAUUAAAAUAAGAAUGGAAUUUAUCAAUAAUUGAACUUUCAAUAUUUGGAGGAUCAUUUAAUAUAGGUUUAAUGAUAGGUUCAACUAUUUGUGGAUUCUUAGCAGAUAAGAUUGGAAGGAAACGUAUUUUAAUAAUAGGAACAAUUUUGCAAGUAUUUUAUUUAUGAUACAAAGACUGCAGUCGUUUUUCUUACAGUAUUUUCUCAAAACAUAAUUCAAAUGAUUUUACUAAGACUUAUGUAUGGAACAGUCAUAGGUAUGAAUCUUCCUAUUAGUUCAAUAUUAAUGAUUGAAGUGACUCCAAAACUUCAUAGAGGUAAAAUUAUAGUGGCACUAUAAAUAAUGAUAUUGUUAGGAAGAUGUUGGAUAAUGAUUUUAGGAUAUAUAUUUAUGGAAGGUAUUUCUAAAGGUAAUUGGAGAGCCAUCUCUUUAUGUAAUAGCAUUCCAUGUUUGAUUUGUUUAAUUGGUACAAUCUUUUGGAUAUAAGAGUCUCCAAGAUUUUUGAUUUUGCAUUAAGAAAUACAAAAAGGAAUUGAUAAUCUCAAUAAUAUUGGAUAAUUUAAUAAUUCAGAAUUUGAAAUGUUAACUGAUAAUGAAAUCUUGAAAUUAAAAGAGUGGGCACAAUAAUAACAUUUACAUCACUAAUAAGAAAAUAAUUCUAUUAAAUAAUUGUUUAAUACAGAAAAUCUGCCAAUCACAUGGAGGAAUUAUUUGAUAUUCUUCUUGUUUAUGUUUACUAUGUUGGCUAUCUUUAACAUUUUACCAUUUAUUUUGGAUGAUGAAAACAAAUCUUUAUUAUAAUUAUACAUAGUAGAUAUUGGUGAGAUCCCUGCUAUAUUUUUAAUGUUAUAUAGUAUAGAUAAUUUUGGUCGUUUAUCAACUUUAUUAUUUUCUACAACAGUGCUCAUUCUUAUUCUAUUUUCUAUUUGGCAUUGGAAAUUUUCAAUUAUAAUAAUGGGACUCAUUAUCUUUAAAUUUUGCUGCAAAAUAAAUUGGGGAACAUUAAAUGUCUUAUUUGCUGAAUCUUAUCAUACUCUUUACAGAUCCUUAGGAGUUGGAACAACAAUGGCAAUGGGAAGAAUAGCAGGAUCAUUAGCACCCUUUGUCAUCUUCCCAAUCUACUUCAAUAAUAAUUAUUUGCCAUUUUUAAUAUGCAGUAUAUGUAGUUUUUUAAUGCUAAUUCUAUUAAUAUCUUAUCCAAUUGACUUAACAAAAAAGCCUUUAGAUUAAUUAAAACCCAAAUGA